GUGAGUAAAAUAAAGGAAGCUUAUGCUCAAAGCACAUCUCCCUCCCUCUCCCUCCUAGCAUCUCUCUCUCUCUCUCUCUCUCUCUCUCUCUCUCUCUCUCUCUCUCCCCCUCUCUCUCCAUGUACAAAGAAGUAAAGCAUCUUCUUGUCACAAAAAAACACCAGCUCCUCUUGCUUUCUCCUGCAAGAUCAUCAAAAAGUUCUUGGCAGCCAGUCGUGACCACGGAUACAACAACUUCAAGCUACUGGCUGAAUUGGAGAGUCUUGAUUUGUGCCAUAUGUCUCGUAUCAUCGCUGGUUUUUACAUUCUUUCUAAUUUUGAAGUACGAAGGGCCUAGGGAUUCUAGAAAUAGAAGUAGAGAAACAGAGGAAGGGAAAGAACAUGCUGGUCUGGUAUACGAGGAUGAACUUUGGAAGCCUAGUCUGCGAGGGAUUCAUCCAGCUUGGCUGCUUGGAUAUCGAUUAGUUGUUUUCUUCGUGCUUCUUAUAAUGCUGUGUCUGAAUGUUGCAGUUGAUGGAGGCAGCAUUUUUGACUACUAUACUCAGUGGACUUUCACGCUAAUUACCUUAUACUUUGGGGUUGGAGCUGUGAUCUCCUUGCAAGGAUGUUACAAAUAUCAGAGCAAAGUUGGCAGUAAUGGAAUGGGGAACUUGGAAAGAGAUGCAGAGCGAGGCAGCCACGGGUUUUCAUUACCAGCAGCAAAUCCUAACAUGGCCAUCUCUGCAAGAAAUUUGAGCAAAAUUGAAAUAGGCAAUGAUAGGCAAGUAGCAGGUCUUUGUGGAUAUAUAUUUCAAGUCAUGUUCCAGAUGAGUGCAGGUGCAGUGAUGCUUACAGACACCAUUUUUUGGUUCAUAAUUGUACCACUUCUUGCCAUUAAAGACUACGAACUGAGUUUUCUGGUAAUAAAUAUGCAUUCAAUCAAUGCUGUGUUUCUGGUCGGCGAGGCUGCAUUUAAUUGCAUGAGAUUUCCCUGGUUUCGGAUUGCAUAUUUCUUCUUAUGGACAACUGUAUACGUGAUUUUCCAGUGGAUUCUACAUUCACUCUCUGCGACCUGGUGGCCAUAUCCUUUUCUCGACCUGUCAGAUUCAUUUUCUCCGCUGUGGUACUCAACUGUGGCACUGUUACAUAUACCCUGUUAUGGAGUUUUCGCUUUAAUAAUGAAGCUGAAACACUUGACAUAUCUUAGACUGUUUCCGCAGUCAUACGAAAGUGUAAGUUGAUUAGGACCAAUCAGCUCAAAUGCCAAACAACUUUCUACUUAGCAAGGUCUACGCGCAUCUUACCUUCCCACAAUCGUCUGUUUUUUGCUCAAACAGCAAUCACGUUCGGCUCAUGCUAAAAUUUUCUCAUCCAGAGAGGCAGAGGCAUGCUACUAACGACGAAUAACCGUGUCAUAUGUAAGAAAUACCACUAGCAGUAGCAAUUAGCAAGAAAUCAUUCAGUAUUAUUUUGUGUAAAAGUAUAUAUAGUAGGCUCUGUAGAUAGAACAAGUUCAUCAUUCUGUCCCUUAAUGUAGGCAAUUCCUAUUGAAGGGGGAUGGUUUUAAUAUAUUUACAUGUAUGUUUGGAUUCUGAAAUCAAUAUACAGAGACAUUCUUC